AUGGGGGUUGUAGAUAUUAAAUUUAAUCCUUCAGGAAAUAUUCUUGCCGUUAGUUCAUUAGAUUCUUAUAUUCGAGUAUGGAAUGUUGAUGAAGGUUAAAAAAUUUGUGAAUUUCCAUGUUAACCAUUGCAUAAUUGGAAAUUAGGAUUUAAAGAUGAAAAAACAGUAGUAACAACAGGUGAACAAGGAAAGAUAGCAGAAUUUAAUAUAAAUUCUUAAUAGUAAACUAAUAUAUAUUCUACAUCAGACGUAUUUUAAACAUCUUUGGCUUUAUCAAGUGAUAGAAGUAAAUUACUUUCUGUAGGAAAUAACGAAGGGCAAAUUUUUAUUGUAGAUUAUAAAAAUAAUAGAAAAAUAGACAAAUUAAAAGUACAUAAUAAAAAAGUUAGAUCUUUAUGUUUUACAUAUGAUGAUAUGUAACUUAUUACUGGAUCUGAUGAUAAUUUUAUUUCUCUAAUCGAUUUAACUAAAAUGGAAACAAUUUUUUCUUUUAAUGGACACAAAGGAAAUGUUAAUUGUGUCGAUUGUUGUCCAAUUGAUAAUAAAUUAUUUAUUACAUGUUCAUAUGAUUAAACUAUAAAAUUAUGGGAUAUUAAUAAAAAAAGCUGUAUUGAAACUGUUAAAUUUCAUUAAGAUAAUAUUUGGGCUGUUAAAUUUCAUCCCCAUAAGAAAAUAUUUGGUUCAGUAUCUGAAGACGGUAUAUUAGCUUUCCACGAAUUAAAAUGA